AUGAGAAAAGAAAAAGAAUCAGAAACUGCAAAACGUAUUGCUGAGGUAAGACAAACUCGAGCUGCUACUGAUAAACAACAACAAUCGAAUAACGAUGAUCAAGAAAAACUAAAACAACAAGAAACAGUUUUAACAACGAAAGAAACUAUUCGAGAACCAUCACCAACUCGACCAAAGACACCAAUAGAAUCUGAAGUACCGCCUCCAAAUCAGGAUGAAAAUGAUGAUAAUAAAAUUGAAACUGUAACAUCAACAAUAAAUGAAGAGAACAAUGAAAAAACAGAUAAAUUUGUUGGUGGUGUUAAUGUGACGUCGUUAUUACGUCAACGCAAAACUUCAUCUUCGUCAUCAAAGAAGGAUGAUGAAGCUGAAGAUGAAUGGACUGUUGAUAAAGAUGAAACUAAUCAACAAUUAAAUGAAAAGACAAGUCCAUCGGCAGCAUCAACUGACGAAGGAAGUGAGUAA